AUGUCGAACUCGUCGCAAACUCUGAACGUCACUGCCCUCGCGACGCUCGACGGCAAGUCGAUCCUCCAGUGCUGGGCACUCCAGCCUGCUUUCACCACCUCGGCACAGACGGGCACUGCCGGCGCGGAGAUCCUCCAGCUCGGUGACCUUGCCAACGCGAGCUACUCGAUCAUCCCUGCGCGCUUCAACGCCGGUCAGCAUAACGCGCCCAACGUACAAUGGGUCGUCUUCCUCUCCGGCCUCGCGCAUAUCACUCUUCCGGAGGCGUCGCUCCCUAUCAGCAAUGACACCGACUACACGACGGAGGCAUGGGUCGCCGGAGGCAUCUACGGCACCAUCCUUGCGGUCGAUACUCAGGAGUCCAGUUCGUUCGGUCAUAUCACGGAGUACCCCUCUGGCGAAGAGACGCGUGCCCUGCAGAUCCCUACAGCUGGAGGCCUGAUCCCGAAUCACACUGUCCUUGACGCCACUGGGCCAUGCACGGAGUCGGAGCUGGUUGGGCGCAAGCGCGCAUUGAUUGAGGAGCUUGAUUAA